CAAACGCCGCAAGAUGGCCAACAAUGCUGUCACACCAUCAUCUGAGGUGAUUCCCACGGCUACCAAUACAACAAAAGCCUCCAACUCAAACGUGCAACAACAAGCUAGUCAAAAUACUAAUAAAAUGUUGCCACCUGCUCAGGUGUACUAUCAGCAGCAACAGCAACAACAACAGCAAAAUGUGAUAAAGAAUGUGACAAACAAUGCAGGCAUCAAAGUAAUCCAACAACAGCAGCAGCAGCAACUGUCCAAUCCACUUGCUGUAGACAACAAAAUGUGGCGCAAAGAUGCUGAACGUGUGCCACCUCUGCCACAAGCGGUUACUACCACAACAGCAUCAAUAACCACAAUUGCCGGUGAGGAUAACAAUGUGGCAACACCCACUUGGACGACGGCAAGCAGCGGCGGUGGAAUGAGCCAUCAACAAACCACCACUCGCUACGUGAAACGUUCACUAUCCUCGCCAGUGAAGAAGCAGCAACCAAAUUUCAAGGAUGAUCCCACUGGUUACUUGCAACAACAGACAGCGCUGCUACACAGCUCAAUGAUGAAUGUCGCCAUGGGCGAGGAAGAUGAUGAAGACGAAGAAGAAGAGGACGCGCUAGAGGCAGAAGAAGCGUGUGCAGAGGAUGACACAGAGAUGGCUGAGGAUGCGGACGAUUCAGAGGACUUAGACGAAUACGAAAGUGUGGCUGAAGAAGAUAAGGAGAUUAAGCUGAAUCGUGCUGAAAGUAAUAAUAACAAUAACGAUGGACAUGGCAACGUGGAUGCAACUGUGCAGCUAAAUGUGCAACAUAUGCAGCAAGAGGCGGUGGGCACUUCGGGUGGCGAAAAGAAACCGCAGACCACUUAUGCCACCACCAAAAAGGUUUAUGUGCAGAAUGGUGUAGCACACUAUCAGCAGCAGACACUGCAGCAACAACAAGAGCAGCAAAUUAGUGCCCAACAGGAAAACGCAUUUUACCGACCACAACAACAGCAACAACGUAAGACACAACAAACAUCAACACAGCAGCAACAAAUCAUUGUGUCAGCUAGUCAGAUGCAGAUGCAACAACAGCAGCAGCAACAUCAACAACAACAAAUCAAACAAAUGCCAAUAGUUUCUAUUAAUGGUCAGCUCCUGGUGCCAACUUCAAUGGCAUCUGACGGUGGCGCGAAUUUCACGCUCACUUUGAAGCCUCAACAACAACAACAGCAGCAGCAGCAGCAGCAGCAUUCACAACAAAUACAACUAAUGCAACAACAAAACGUCCUAUUUAGACCACAGCAGUCACAACAGCCGCAGCACCACCAACAGACGCAGAAAACGAAUGUCGUGCCAACUGCUCAAGAAUCACCAGUCUCUUCAAGCACCGCCUUUGUGCGCUCAACGCCCGAGUCGCAGCGUCAUACGCCACGACCGGAACAGGUUGGCGCUAUUUCAACCAGCAAUGAGAGUCCUCUACCAUGUCCCUCACCUGCUGACUCAGUAGAAUCGGGAAGUUCGCGUGCGUCUUCAACUAAGACCACUGCAUCGCCAUCACCAAUGCAACAGCAGCAACAAAAACAACAGCCAUCACAGCACGUUUCGCAAGUUAGUGGAAACCACGUCGUGCAAAUGCGCGUGCAACAGCAGCAGCCACAGCUGCAUCAACAGCAACAGCAGACGACACAGCAGAUACGCAUUAUACGUCAAUCACCACAACAACAACAGCAGCAGCAGCAACAACAGCCACAACGUUUCGCUCUCGCACGCAAUACGUUCACAUCGUUAGCUGGCAGCCGUGCAAUAACGACUACAACCGCCACGACUACUACAGCGGCAGCAACUGCCGCCGCCGCCACCGUCACAGCUAGCCAACAGCACUUGGAGACGCUUGCACCACCCCCACCACAAUCGCAAAGACUGCAAGCGACAUUGCAAAAGGCUACGCCAAGCAACACCAUUCCGCUGCAGUUGCCCAGCAGCCAGAUUAUAAUGACGUCCACAGGGCAGCUGAUUGUGAUGCCAACCAACGGCAAGCCGGCAGCGCAAUUGCAACAGCAGCAAGCGCAGAAUCAGCAGCAAUUACUAAUAACUACAACUGCCAACAACGGUGCAGCAGGCAGUGGCGCUGGGCAAGCGGCGACAGGAAAUGUAAUCAUUCAACACCAGCAUCACCCUCAGAAUCAGCUGGAUGUGCUGGGCGGUCACCAGCAGCUGACGACCGCAAAUGGCAGCAUCAUACUACAAAAUGGACAACAACAUCAUCAGCACCAAGGCGGCUAUAUUGUGGGGCAGGCUUCCACAGCUGGCGCCACCACCACCACUGCACAGCUACAGCCGGCCACAGUCAUACUCAAUUCGGGCGGUCAAAAUAUACUGACCACAAGUAAUGGCACCAAGGUGGCACUGGCGACAACCGCCAACACCGGCAACAUUAUUCACGCUGGCGGUCAGCAGCUAAUUGCAGGCAAUCAACUGCUGACCACCGCACAGAAUGCAGCCACAGCGGCCACCACCGGUCUGUUACAUGGCCAACAAGCAGUUGUGCUGAAUACGCUGCCCAAUGGCGGCUACGUCAUACAACAGCAGCAACAGCCUGCCGCACAACAGCAAUACGCCACACUGGAUGGCCAGGUGGUUAGCCAGAUCGUGCAACAAGCCGAUGGCACUACUGCCUACGUACAGCAAACGCAACAGCAACACCAGCAACAGAGUCCACAGCAGCAGACGCAACGCAUCAUUAUCACUUCGCCAGAUGUGAAGAGGCGCGCAAAAAAACGUAAGAGCUCCAGUGGCAGCGGCUCGCCCACCAGCACGCCCACUACCAGCCUAUCGCCACAAAUAUCCCCUACGAUACCCAAUCAAACAGCCAUUAUACAGCAGCAAGUAGCUGCCGCCGCCGCCGCAGCUGCUUCGGCUGUUGCCGUGCAGCAGCAGCAGCAGCCGCCACCACCGCAGGCACAGGUUGUACAAAUCGCUUCAGCCGCCCCACCACAAUAUCAGCAACAAUUCCAACUUAGUCCUGGCAUACAGGGCAUUAUGGUCAAUAAGCCAGCGACUGCUACGGCCACGCAGCCACAGCAAAUCAUUUUGCAAAAUGGUCAAAUAAUACAGCCAAUGAAUCUCAUUGGACAGCAAUUAAUUGUGCCCACUGGGCUGGUGAUGGCACCCGAUACCACACUGCUGCAGAUUCAGAAUGUGGGGACUUGCGGGCCGAGCAUACUCACCACCACGCCACAGGGCACAACUAUGAUGUUGCGCACACCCUCGCCCCAAAACAAGCAGUUCAUCUCGCCCACAGCCGCUGGGCAGCAAUUUAUUGUUGGCAGCAAUGGACAAUUGAGUCCGAUUGGACAAAUUUAUUCGACACCAAUGGGUUUGGUAAUGCCGACGGCACAACAACAACCCGGCACGACCACGUACGUGCAGCAAAACGCGACCAUACAAGUGCAACAACAUCCGCAAGCACAACAACAGCAACAGCAGCAACAGUCACAACCGCAGGUGCAGCAGCAGCACGUGCCAGUACAACAACAACAACAGCAGCAGCAACAAAGCCAACACCAUCAGCAUGUUGCCAUACAGCCAGCAACUGCCGCCAUGCAACAGCAGCAUCAACAGCCGCCACAACAACAACAACAACAGCAGCAUGGCACUAUGCUGAGCUCGGAGCAAAUUGUUAUGGAAUCGGCAACGUCAUCAUCCUCAACAAGCACUUCGUUAAGCCGUAGUGGUCAACGUUCGGCUGCAGCCAGUCCACCGGAUACUACUACACACAGUCCACGUAGCCCAGAGCGACCGCCAAGUCAUCGCAGCGGUGGCAGUGAUAUGGUGCAAUGUGUAUCCAGCUCGGAACCUGAUGGUGCCGCUUCACCGCUAAGUACAGACAGUCGUCAAUCACCAUCGACUACGGACGCUGAGAAAGGACUCGGCAUGUCAAGCGCAUAUCAAACCACAAAUAUUUACAAACCAUCGGAAGCAAAGAUACGACGCGUGCAAACACCGCCACAGAGCGUUGGCGGCACAGGAGUCGGUGGAAUGAGCGCAGCCGCUGGAGGUGGAGGCAACAGCGGUAUGGGUUACACAAUUACCUCAGCCGCCACAUCUUCGGCUUUAGCCACAACGCUCCAACUGCAACAACAACAACAACAACAGCAGCAGCACCACCACCACCACCACCAACAGCAACUACAUCAACGACAGCAGCAGCAGCAGCAGCAGCAUCAGCAACAACAACAACAAAUGCAGCAACAUCACUUGCUACAGCAGGAUAUUUUAAUGAAACCCGAUUCGCAUGAGUCGCCAAGAAAUUCGCCAACAACAACUACUAUAACAACAACGCCACCACCACCACCACCACCACCACCACCACCGCCGCCGACACAAUUGGUGACGCCAACACCAGCAACAACAUCAACUAUUGCACAAGCAUCAGCUAACCACCAGACAUGCCAUAAGUCCACACAAAAAUCGCCAAACAAAUUGCUACGCGCUCGUACCACACGUGCUGCCCGAACGAUUCCCAAUGGUGGUGCAGAAUUAGCCGAUAGCACCGCAGUGGUGGUUGCGUCAACACUCACAACAGCAGCAACAACAACUCCUUCGUCUGCAUCAACGGUCGCACAUGCUUUCUCGAUUGGUGAAUUGAUUUGGGGCCCAUCGCGCGGUUAUCCCGCCUGGCCGGGUAAAGUUGUGCAGGUGGAAAUUGAUGAGCAACCGCAAACCACAAAUGGUGAACCUGCAGUUUGGGUGCAAUGGUUUAGUGGUGGUGGACGUAUCAUAACCGAACUUAUAGCGAUCACUUCGCUGCAUAGUCUUUCUGAUGGUUUGGAGGCGCAUCAUAAGGCGCAAAAGGAUACUAGAAAGAGCCGAAAAUUGAAUUCACAACUCGAACGCGCCAUUCAAGAGGCAAUGACCGAAUUGGAUCGUAUUUCAGCUACUUCAACAACAACAAUUGUCGGUGCAACUGCAGCCAAACAACAACAGCUGCAGCAAGCCACAGCAACAACCACACUCAACAACAACAACAACAACAACAACAACAACAACAACAACAACAACAAUUCGACUAGUCCAAACCGCAAUAAGCGGCUCAGCAACAUCGCACAGCGCAACAGCAACAACACCACCACCAGCAAUAUUGGCGCCGCUACAACUACCGGCGGUUAUGCAAUCGUACCAACAUCUGGUGGACCCACACAUGCCAUAUCUACAACCAGUGCGCAUAAUAGCUUCAGCACACCGCUAACUACAGCUACAGCACCACGCAGCAAGCCAAUACGUAUAGCACCAGCGCCGGCACCAACAAGCGGCUCGCCCAACAAAAAUACAACUGCUGCAACAACAACAACAACAGCCACAGCAACUGUAGCGCUAAGCCAAGCACAGGCACAGCAGGCCACUACGCAACAACUCACGGCGCUGGGUAAAUGACACGGGGAGUCCUGCGCGCAGGUCUCAUGGUCCAUGCAAACCUACACGCUAGUCAUACACAAUAAGUAGUCUGAAGCGAAGAAGACUCGUGUAGGUGUGACUAAAGAAACGGCGCUAUGAGUCGGAAAACAUGUAUGUAUGUAUGUACAUGCGUAUGUGAAGAUUGCUGGAAAAGUGAUAUGGAAGAGACUAUCUAAAGGAUGAAAGUGAAAGCAACGCAAUGCUAAGGAUCCUUGCAUACGGCGUGGGAGAGCUAGAAGUUGCGUGCGAGCGUUCAUGAGUAUGGGAGAAGAUGAUGUGGUAAUCUAUAGCUGUUUUGGAUUUUUAAUUUGUUAAAGGAAUUGAAAAAAGCAUUGUGGUUGAUGUUUGGUAAUACAAACAUAUGUAUGUACAUAUACAUAUAUAUGUAUAUAGAAUAGAUCGAAAAAUACAUCAACACUAAUAAAUAUAUUUAAACAAAAAUGCAUUUGAACAUUGUACAUGUACAUAUGUAUAUGUAGUAAUACAUAUAAAUAAAUAAAUAAAAUAUUUAUGCAAAUAAAUUUCCAAAAGUACCAGUAAAUAUGCUUGUAUCUAUGCAGUCCUAUAUAUACAUAUAUAAUCUAGUUAUAACACAAGCUGCUAGUAUGAAAAUAAGCGUACCUACGGUUGAAAUGAAAAUAUUUAUUUUCAAAAAAACUCGAGUUAAUUUUGUUUUUAUUUAUUUUUUACUCUAUUUUUUAACAGACAGCAUUAGCUUGGAGACAAUUUAUAAACUUAAAACUAUACUUUAUUCAAAAAAUAUAUAAACAUUAUGAAAAUACGCUUUAUGUAUUUGUAAAAUUUAGUUGUUGCAACAAAUUUCGUUAAAAUUUCUUAUAGUUGUAUGUAUAUAGGGUAAGAAAACUCAAAAUGUGUGUUUCUUUAAGAACAUAAAAAAAUAAAUAAUAAUAAUAAUAAUAAUGCAAAAUUAUGUAAUUAUCAUGAAAGUCUUUCAAAUAUUUUAUACGUGGUAAUUGUACAAGAAUUAAUAAAAAUAAAAUAUGAUUAACUUUGUUGGUAAUUGAUUUAAGCUUUUAAGAUACAUAUAAAACAAGCAACAUAGCAUUGCCAAGUGAAAGCCGUUUGAAAUUAUUAUGUAAACACACAUAAUACCAAUAAUAUAAAAAGAAAAACUUUUGUUUAGGCUACAAAAAUACAUGCAUA